UGUACCGGCGCUAUGCAUUGUGGGCCUGUAGAUGAGUAAGAUGGAGGCGUCCAGUAACAGCACGCUGAGUUAAAGCCUCAAUAACAUUCAUUUAAUAGUCUUAUAUAUAUCCGCACAGUUUAUGCUCCGCUGUCAUAAUAACGACAGAUUUCAGUGGCACCAGAUCGCAGCUGCACGUGGAGACUGAGGACAUGUCUGUGCUGGGAGGAUUACUGAGAGCUGGAGGGUCCCUCUGUCAGUCUGCUGGGACUCUGCUGCACACAGCCAGGACCUUCUCUACUGGUACGUGCUGUCAGAUCAGGAUGCAUGCCAUCCCUCAGCUAAAGAAGGUGGACAGGUGGACUGAGAAGAGGAGCAUGUAUGGAGUUUAUGAUAACAUAGGCAUCUUAGGGGACUUUAAAGCUCAUCCCAAAGACCUCAUCGUGGCUCCCUGCUGGCUGAAGGCUUUCAAAGGCAACGAACUGCAGCGUCUAGUUAGAAAGAAGAAGAUGGUGGGAGACCGAAUGAUGACUCUGGACAAACACAACUUGGAGAAGAGGAUCAAAUUCCUCUACAGACGCUACAACCGCACUGGCAAACUCCGCUAACGUUGAACAAACCAUACUGGCAAAUACAUCUGACCAGCCAAUACGGACUGAUGGGAGUCUAGCUGUGUGAUUUCAUGCUGUCUAAUGUUGUAUGUUGUUUCUAAGUUAUCAUUCAUAUAAAGAGAAGAUUUGUGUUUCAGAGCAGCAUACUUCCUGUACUUCUGUUUAUUGAUUGUUUUUGGUCCUAUUAACUACUGAUUUUCCUGACAAACACAAAAUACAUGAUAUAAAAACCUAAAAGUGGACU